CUCACAAUUAUUUGAUCAUGUGAAAAUCUCGAGGCAUAAUCUAAUAAUUGUGAACGUUUUGGAAUAGGGGGACGAAGGAUCCCGUGGCAAUUGAUGGAAGAGGGGCCAAUAAUAUAGGGAGAAAGAGAUAUUGAGGAGUUGGUGAUGGAAAGAAUGUUUCAAACCCUUUUAGUCUAUAAAUAAUCUGUUUCAAGCCCAGAAAUUUUUUAGUCUAUAAAUAAUCUAAAUUUGUCUCUUUAGUCAAAUCCAAAUACUAUUGAAAAGUGAGGCUGUGUUUCAGUUUGGUGUUAAUGGGUGGAGUUCAUUUUAUUAUUCUCCUCUUUUGCACUUUACUGCUGCUUCUAAAACCUUCCUCUUCACUUCCUUUAUGUACUGAUUCAAGGGCACCCUUUACUCCAAAGGCUUCUCUAUCUUUCUGUCCUUACAAUGGAACUGUCUGCUGCAAUUUUGCCAAAGAUUUGCGUUUGCAGAAGCAAUUUGAAGCUAUGAACAUCUCUGAUCCAAGCUGUGCUUCUCUUAUUAAAUCAGUCCUUUGUGCGAGAUGUGAUCAAUUCUCAGCAGAGCUAUUUAGAGUCAAUUCUAUUCCUCGUCCAGUCCCUGUACUCUGCAACUCUACCGUUACAGUAAAUUCCUCCCAAACUAUCCAAGCCAGCGAUAACUUUUGUGCAAAAGUAUGGGAUACGUGUCAAAAUGCCUCUGUAAUGAAUUCACCCUUUGCCCCUUCAUUACAAGGCCAAGCUGGACAACCGAUAACUUCCAAUUUUACCAAACUAACAGACUUUUGGCAGUCAAAAGCCGAUUUUUGCACUGCGUUUGGUGGAGCUUCUGUAGAUGAAUCAGUAUGUUUUGAUGGAGGACCAGUUAAAUUAAAUAACACGGGAACUCCAAGUCCUCCAAGUGGUAUGUGUCUUGAGAAAAUAGGUAACGGUUCUUACCUCAAUAUGGUUCCUCAUCCUGACGGGUCUGCUCGUGCAUUUUUUUCCAACCAACCGGGCAAAAUUUGGUUGGCGACAAUUCCUAAAGACGGGUCUGGUGGAACGCUGGAGUUCGAUGAAUCAAAUCCCUUUCUAGAUCUAACGGAUGAGGUUCAUUAUGACACAGAACUUGGGAUGAUGGGCAUUGCAUUUCAUCCAAACUUUGCACAAAAUGGUCGUUUCUUUGCUUCUUUCAAUUGUGAUAAGGCUAAGUGGCCUGGAUGUGCGGGUAGAUGUUCCUGUAAUUCAGAUGUGAACUGUGAUCCUUCGAAGUUAGGUCCUGAUAAUGGUGCUCAACCAUGCCAAUAUCAAGCUGUUGUUGCAGAGUUUACUGUUAAUGGUACCGCAUCACAGCCUUCCUUGGCAACAAGUGCUAAACCAUUGGAAGUGAGUAGGAUAUUUACAAUGGGCCUUCCAUUUACCACUCAUCAUGGGGGACAGAUUCUUUUUGGGCCCACGGACGGGUACUUAUACUUGAUGAUGGGUGAUGGCGGUACAGGUGAUCCUUACAAUUUUUCCCAAAACAAGAAAUCAUUGCUCGGAAAGAUUAUGAGGCUUGAUGUUGAUAACAUUCCAAGUGACGCAGAAAUUAGUCAGCUCAGCCUGUGGGGAAACUACUCUAUCCCCAAGGAUAACCCAUACACCAAAGACAAAGAAUUGCGUCCUGAAAUAUGGGCAUUGGGGUUAAGAAAUCCUUGGCGAUGCAGUUUUGAUUUAGAAAGACCUCCUUAUUUUAUGUGCGCGGAUGUUGGGGAGGAUCGAUAUGAGGAAGUGGAUAUCAUAACCAAAGAUGGAAACUACGGCUGGCGUGCUUACGAGGGCCCCUAUCUUUACACUCCUCCACAGUCGCCCGGAGGGAAUACAUCGCUAAAUUCCAUAAGGCCAAUUCCCCCAGUAAUGGGAUACAAUCACUCUGAUGUAAACAAGAACGAUGGAUCAGCCUCAAUCACGGGAGGCUAUUUCUAUCGCUCAAUGACUGAUCCAUGCAUGUAUGGCAGGUACUUAUAUGCAGAUCUGUAUGCGAGUGCCAUAUGGGCAGGCACUGAAAACCCUGAAAAUAGUGGGAAUUUCACCACAAGCUUUAUUUCUUUUAGUUGUGCUCGGGACUCACCUAUACAGUGUAGCCUUGUGCCCGGAAGUUCACUUCCUGCUCUUGGUUACAUCUAUUCAUUUGGGGAGGACAAUAGCAAGGACAUUUUCAUAUUAGCAAGCAGCGGUGUGUAUAGAGUAGUCCGUCCCAGUCGCUGCAAUUUUACUUGUGCAAAGGAAAAUGUUAACGCUGUUGUGAGCCCAAGUCCUGGUUCUUUCCCUUCCCCCUCUUCGCAAACAAGCCGAUUUGGUCCAUAUAAGAACACAGUGAUCCUUUGCUCUUCUAUUCUGUUGAUUUUGUUGGGUUUAAUUUAGUACUAGUAUGCUGUGAAUGUGAUAUAUAGAGAACAAAAUGCGCAUUUAUGUCAGAUUAUUGGAUAAUUAGACUCUUCUCUUUCGUUGUUUUGGUUUUUAGUAAAAAGGCAAAAGAAUUGUUCGCUCUGUUCAAUGCGCAUUUAUGUCAGUUUGCCAAACAAACUUGCAACUAGCUCUUUAUCAGA